CUUAUCGUGCACCGAGCGGUGCCACCUUCGCCGGCGCACGUUAGCGCUCGUCCUAUCUCAUCGAGCUCCGAAGCCUGUGAACGCGAGAGAGCAAACACGAGCACCAGCGAAACCCUAGCGACGACCAGGAUUAGGGUUUCUUGGGUUUGGUGAAGGAUGUGGGGCGAUGGAGGGCGGUUCUACUGGGCGAGUAGAGGGCCGGCGGGCAUCGUCGUGCUGUUCGCUUGGUUGUCUAGUCAGGAGAGGAAUCUCAAACCCUAUGUUGAUCUCUAUUCGUCUCUCGGAUGGGGCUCGCUCAUUUGCCAUGUUGAUUUCCUCACGCUAUUUCUCCCUGAGAAGGCUGCAUCAUUGGCGCACAAUUUGCUAAGCGAGCUUGUUAAGGAGGUAAAGAUCAAACCAUUACCUAUCAUAUUGGCAUCAUUUUCUGGGGGUUCAAAGGGUUGCAUGUACAAAGUUCUUCAGUUGAUUCAGGGGAAAUGUGUAGGCCAACCGUAUCAGGAUGAUUAUCAGAUACUCAGAGAUUGCAUCUGUGGCCAAAUAUAUGAUUCUAGUCCUGUAGAUUUUACCAGUGAUUUGGGUACUCGGUUUGUCCUUCAUCCUUCCGUUCUCAAAAUGUCUCACCCACCAAGAGUUGUCUCAUGGAUGGCAAAAGCCAUUGCAUCUGGUCUAGACACGCUCUUCAUAAAUAGAUUUGAGGCUCAACGUGUGGAAUACUGGCAAACUCUUUACUCCUCAGUAAGUGCAGGACCUAUUCUCAUUUUCUGUUCAGAAAAUGAUGAACUUGCUCCAUAUCAAGUUGUCUAUAAUUUUGCUCAAAGUCUACAAGAACUGGGCGCUGAUGUUAAAUUAGUCAAAUGGAAUGAUUCCCCUCAUGUAGCUCAUUACAAAAACCACCAAGCCGAAUACAAAGCUGCUUUAACAGAGUUCCUUAGCAAGACAAUAACCGUAUAUUCUCAAAGUAGCCAAUUGAAAAGGGAGACAACAGGAACCGGACACGGUCGUGAUGAUAUAUCAAAAUCCGUUUGCCAUCUUCAGAAAGCAGUUGGUAGCUCCAACAGGAGCCUACAAAGAUUCGCGGUCGGGCCAAAUGAUCACUUCUAUUUACCAAGUUCAUUAGAGUACCACGAAACUAAAGACGCAGGUUCAGUGCCGGACGAACAAAAGGGCGGACUAUUCCAAAUGCAAAACCCGCCGGGUAUCAAUGCUCAUAGUGUCUUGGGUCAAAUGCUCUUCGACGUUUGUGUCCCUAAGAACAUCGAAGGCUGGGACAUAAAGCCAUCCAAGUCCUCAAACAACAUUCAGACGUUUGGUUCUUCCCGGCGACAUUCUCCCUUCAAUCCGAUCAAAUGCAUAAGACGGUCGAAAUUGUAGUAAGCUUGAAAUGAAUUGAGUGGAAAUUUUUAGUUCGUCGUCGAAUGUGAAUAUGACCAGUGAUGAUUUUGAUUUACUGUCACUAAUGUGAUUAACGAACAUCAAGUUGAGAAUAUAUUACAAAGAGCUGUGCAACCGGAAAAGUGUAUUUAUGUUUGUGUGCAGGAUGAAUGUUUAUAGCUUGUGUUAUUUGCUGUUUGAUCUUUUCUCAGGUUGUGUGGAUAAUACUAUAAUGGAAUUUUUUUGUACA